UACAAACCCAAGCAUUCUGUAUUGCUGGAUUGAUUUUCGUCUCCGUGGUAGACGGUCGAAUCAAAGAUCGACGAAUGCAACUGCGGUCACGGGACUUCACGGAGGCUCUUGUCAGUCAACCAAUCAGCCGCCGCUGAUUGCCAAUCAUGGAAUCUACAAAGUUGAACGACGUUGAAUAUAAAUACUGUUGUUUCCCUGCAACGAAUUAUUCAACCAUCAUCAUCGAGAGCCUCAAAUACUCAAAUACUCAAGCUACCAAUCUCCCACUCAACGAUUACUUCGUCUCGGGAUACUGCGAUCGCGCCUUCGUGCCUCAAACCUCAAAUCAAUCCAACCGACACCUACCAGUGACGUCAUUGGUCCAUCCUCACUUUCUCUACCACUUUCACUCGAAAACCCAUCUUUUGUCUUUUGUCUUCUCGACCCUCAACUCCCACCACCAACAGUCAAAAUGGUCAACCCUGCUUCCACCUGCUGCAAGACCUCCGGCGACGGUAGCUGCGUCUGCGCUGCUCAGGCCAAGUGCUCCUGCGGCAAGGAGAACGCCCUCCACUGCACCUGCAACAAGGCCUCGUCCGAGAACACCGUCUCUGGGCCUCGCUGCUCUUGCAGAGCCCGCCCUGCCGGCCAAUGCACCUGCGAGCGUGCUCCCAGCGAAAACACCCCCGUUUCGGGCGAUGCUUGCCCCUGCGGACAGAGAUCUUCCACUUCUUGCACCUGUGAAAAGGCCGCUGCUGUGGACGCUGCCGCUGAGAGCAACGAGAUUGACUUCACCACCCGCGCUUGAUCUUUUGACCUUUUGAUUGAGUCGAUCUUUCAAGUUUGCCUUUUUCUUUCUUCGGUGGGCCUUUUUUUUUCAUAGCAUGGCACGGUUUGGGGAUCUGGAGUUUUCAUUCUGGAGUUUGACCGGGGGGCUUUUUUUUUCUAUAUUAUGAAGGGUGGUAGUGGCAGUAGUAGC